CACACACCCCUGGCAGACAGCCUGCUUAAAAAGGACGGAAGCCGUCCAGCAGCAGGCGAGGACAGACUCCGCACCAGCCAUGGCCACCUUCGUGGAGCUCAGCACCAAAGCCAAAAUGCCCAUUGUGGGCCUGGGCACCUGGAAGUCUCCUCCAGGCCAAGUCAAGGACGCAGUGAAGGCAGCCAUUGACGCCGGCUAUCGCCACAUCGACUGCGCCUACGUCUAUCAGAAUGAGAACGAGGUGGGAGAAGCCAUCCAGGAGAAGAUCAGAGAGAAGGCCGUGAAGCGGGAGGACCUCUUCAUCGUUAGCAAGCUGUGGCCUGCCUUCUUUGAGAGAAAACUGAUGAGGGAAGCCUUUCAGAAGACCCUCACGGAUCUGAAGCUGGAGUAUCUGGACCUGUAUCUCAUUCACUGGCCACAGGGCCUUCAGCCUGGGAAGGAACUAUUCCCCAAAGACGAAAAAGGCAACAUCCUCACCAGUAAACUCACGUUCCUGGAUGCCUGGGUGGCCCUGGAGGAGCUGGUGGAUGAGGGGCUGGUGAAAGCUCUUGGAGUAUCCAACUUCAACCAUUUUCAGAUCGAACAGAUCCUGAACAAGCCUGGGCUGAAACAUAAGCCAGUGACUAACCAGGUCGAGUGUCACCCAUACCUCACGCAAGAGAAACUGAUCCAGUACUGCCACUCCAAGGGCAUCACUGUCACAGCCUACAGUCCCCUGGGCUCUCCAGACAGACCUUGGGCGAAGCCUGAGGACCCUUCCCUGCUGGAGGAUCCCAAGAUUAAGGCGAUUGCUGCAAAGCACAAGAAAACCGCAGCCCAGGUUCUGAUUCGCUUCCAAGUCCAGAGGAAUGUGAUUGUGAUUCCCAAGUCCGUGACACCGGCACGCAUCAUCGAGAACUUUCAGGUCUUUGACUUUAAGCUGAGUGACGAGGAGAUGGCCACCAUCCUCAGCUUCAACAGAAACUGGAGGGCCUGUCACGUGGACUUCAUGUCUCAUGUGGAGGGCUAUCCCUUCCAUGCCGAGUACUGAAGCUGAGUCCCCCGAUGAGGCCACCUGCUGGAUUCUGUCUUCACUCGAGUGUAACUCCACCUGAGUCCUAUGCUGGCCUCACUUCUCUGUAUCUGUUGUAGGCCGGCUCAAGGCAGUGCUGUAGGUUCAAGCAGGCACAGACUGCCAGUGAAGUACGACUAGGAUAAGCAAAUGGUAAACUUUUUUAUCUGAUCUGAUGCUUGUCCAAUGCCAGAAACGCUGCUAAUGCUGAUCAUAUGUACAUAAGAAAAUAAAUAAUCAGGGCCGGCGCCGUGGCUCAGUAGGCUAAUCCUCCGCCUUGCGGCGCCGGCACACCGGGUUCUAGUCCCGGUCGGGGCACCGAUCCUGUCCCGGUUGCCCCUCUUCCAGGCCAGCUCUCUGCUGUGGCCAGGGAGUGCAGUGGAGGAUGGCCCAAGUUCUUGGGCCCUGCACCCCAUGGGAGACCAGGAUAAGCACCUGGCUCCUGCCAUCGGAACAGCGCGGUGCGCCGGCCGCAGCGCGCCUACCGCGACGGCCAUUGGAGGGUGAACCAAUGGCAAAAAGGAAGACCUUUCUCUCUGUCUCCCUCUACUGUCCACUCUGCCUGUCAAAUAAAUAAAUAAAUAAAUAAUCAU